AGGGUCGUCAGGCAAAACUUUAACAACAGAUCUCCAGAUCUUCAUCCACGCUCUCCUCCAUCAUCGCUUCAGUGACUGCAGCCAUGACUCCACUGGUGGCGGUGCUGGGAGCCGUGCUCUGCUCCUUGGCGGUUUCUGCUGAAGUCGUACCCCCGGCAGACUUCAAUUUACAGGCGGUGGCAGGGAAGUGGUACCUGAUCGGAUUUGCCACUAAUGCCCAGUGGUUUGUCAACCGCAGAGACAGCAUGAAGGUUGGCACGGCCAUGUUCACCCCAACUGCAGACGGGGACCUGGACCUCUCAUACUCCAGUCUGAAUUCUGAUGGCUCUUGUUGGAGAAUGAACAACCUGGCCAGGAAGACUGACCUGCCGGGGAAGUUCACCUACACAAGCUGGGGGAAUGAGAACGACAUGCGCGUGGUCGAUGUGAAGUACGACGAGUACGCCCUGAUUCACACCAUUAAGACCAAGGGGGGCGACGUCACUGUUGUCAACAAACUUUACGGCCGCAGCAUGGACCUCAGCGCUGAUCUGCUGGAGAAGUUCAGGCAGUUCUCUUUGGAGAGUGGCGUCCUGCCUGAAAAUAUUGCUUUCCUUCCCAAAAAUGAGGAGUGCCCAGCUGCCUAGCUUUCCAGCACCGUAUGUCAGGGAUGCUGUCUGAAGACCUUAACUUUUGCUGCAAAUAUUCUACAUCCAUCGAGGUCACUGCCACAAGAUUUAUUCUUCACUCUGCUCUUUCAGAUGUUGUAUUAACAAGAGCUCCCAAUACAACUAAACACGAUGUAGAGCCUGGUUUCAAUAUACAAUACUUUGCUUUUACCCACCUGCAGUUAGGAACUGAGCAUCCACUUGAGACAUGUCCUGAGACAUAUAAAAUGCUCUGCUUUCAACAAUCAUGUGUCUGAUAUGGUCUUUCCAUGAAGAAGUUCAAUUGCCUUGUUCCCUGUGGAGUUUUUUGACCUCUAGUUGUGCUUUGGAGCUGUUUACUCCCCGUUUUGUCCAUCUUGUGCACGAGGACGCACAUGCACGUUAGUGUGGGUGACGCAAUACAUAUUCCGGCCGUUGGUUUCACGCUACUCCACGUAUGUACAGACGGUGGGAACGCAACAAGAAAUGCAUGAAUGCAUACAUGAAUGUAAACAAUGCAGGUUGCAAACGCAAAGCAGGUAGGAGACGUGGUUUUGACGAAAUAAGGACUAAGGACACACACAACGCGUUUUGAUGAGUAACACUAAAUGUAAAAAAUGUUCGUUCACAAGAAGAUUCCUGAGGACACCUGCAAACCACACAGCAGCAAAACUGAACAGAUAAACUUCAACG